CCGCCGCCUCUGAUUACCUCCUCCGCCCCCCCCACCCCGCUUUCAGCCACAUGCACACGCACAAAAACCGAUGUCCCGCCUGCUUCCAACUCCUGCAAACAUUUCCUAAUAAGGCUCCCCAGGAAUUAAACAGCCCACGUUUUCAAAGGGGCAGCUUUGGGGAGUUAAAAGGGAGCCGUCCGGACCUUGUCGCUAAGAAAUUGAGCAAGCGGGGACAGAGCGAGAGCGCGGGGGAUUGAGAUCCGGCGGGAGUUUCUAACUUGACUGGCGGCGGCAGCAACCAAAGCGAUCGCGCUCUUAACAUGGGGGAUGUGAAACUGGUAACGACUACUAGGAUCUCCAAAGCCACCUUGACCCUGGACCACUCCUCUCUAAAGUCUCCUGCUCCAACAGAAGCACCGGCGUUUACUUUACCCCCAAGGAAUAUCCGGGUGCCACUUGGAAGCACAGCCAGGUUUGAAGGAAAGGUCAGAGGCAUCCCAGAACCCCAAGUCACAUGGUACAAGAAUGGUCAACUUCUCACAGAGGGAGAGCGCUGUGUAGUGGACCGUAGCAUUCGAGGGCUUUUCAGCUUAAUUAUAAAAGGGGUGCAGGAGGAAGAUGGUGGGCCAUACACGUGUGAGGCCCGGAAUGCUGGUGGCGUUCGUCAGGUGACAGUAGAGUUAACAGUGGAAGGAACUGUUUUGAAGAAGUACAACCUGCCUUCUGGUGCCAAAAGUUCUGGUGGUAGAGUUACUGUUCCAUCGGUAGAGCAACGACCAAGCAUCUGGGGCGAAUGCCCACCCAAGUUUGCUACAAAACCCAAUCGGGUCAUAGUGCGAGAGGGACAGACUGGUAAAUUCUCCUGUAAGAUAACAGGACGACCUCAGCCUCAAGUCACUUGGUUUAAGGGUGAAAUUCAGGUGCAGAAAAGUGAUCGUUUCAACAUGUUUGAGAAAGCAGGCAUCCAGUUUUUGGAGAUCCAGAAUGCUCAGCUGGUCGAUGCUGGAAUUUACACUUGCACUGUGAUGAAUAGUGCUGGGAAGGCUUCUGUGUCUGCAGAGCUCAUGGUUCAAGGUUCUGUUAAGAAAGAUGUGCACACUCAUCCUCCUUGCACGGCAACAAAAUGCAGCACCUUUACAAAACCCACCAUCACAACCAAAGCUAUUGAAACGUCAGAGUUCAGAAAGGCCACUAGCAAUGGAAUUGCUAAAGAACUCAAAUCCACUACCACAGAACUUUUGCUUGAAUCCAAAGAAAGGCCAGCUGUAAAGAAAGAGAUCCCUCUCACUUCAUCCAAAGAAGCCAAACAGAAUCAAUUGGAAGAGGUGAAGGAACCCCAUAUAGAGCCACGUAAAGAGGAAGGGAAAGGUUGCAGAGUCCUGCAAAAAACAUCAAGCACCAUAACUCUACAGUCUGUUAAAGUACAAACUGGACCAAAGGCACAAUUGAAGGCAGCUUCCUCUGGACAGGAAGAUGAUGGGGGAAAGCCAAAGCAACCACUCACAACAGGCUGGCAGGCUGCCCCGUCUAUCAGGCCAAGUGGUUUGAGGACUAAGGAAUUAGAUGGCCGUGUUGGAUUAAAAAAAAGCAUAACUGAUGUAAAGAGGGAGACUCAAGGGAUCGCACCCCAGUUUGAGUGUCGCCCACAAAGCCAAGAAGCACUUGAAGGAGAAGUGGUUACGUUCAGAUGCAAAGUUUCAGGGAAGCCCAAGGCAAAUGUUGAAUGGUUCAAAGAAGGAUGCCAAAUGGAAGCAGGAGAUGAAGUCCAAAUAUACGAAGAGGAUGGAAUCCAUUGUUUGUGUCUGAAAAAAACUCAGUUGGAAAACAGUGGGUCUUACCGCUGUACAGCCUCCAAUGCUCAAGGCCAGGCUUCAACUAGGUGGAUAUUAACAAUAAAAAGGCCCAAAGUGAAGGAUGUUGCUCCUCAUUUUUCCACCAUUUUGAAGUCAUGCAGUGUGAGUGAAGGACAAGAUUUUGUGCUUCAGUGCUUAGUUGAGGGUACCCCUGUGCCUGAGAUCACUUGGCUCCUCAAUGAUCGGCCUAUUCAGUAUGCACAUUCUGCCUUUGAAGAUGGACUUGCAAAACUGACUGUUCAAGAUGCCUUACCAGAAGAUGAUGGGGUGUAUACUUGUUUGGCAGAAAAUAGUGCUGGAAGGGCAUCCUGCAGUGCUCAAGUUACUGUCAAAGCAGAAAAGAAGAGCAGAAAUAAACCACAAAGAGCACAUCCUGCCCCAGUCAACAAAACCUUCCCUCCAAUCUUCCUAAAAGGCCUAAGUGACCUCAAGGUGAUGGAUGGAAGCCAAGUGAUUAUGACAGUAGAAGUUUCGGCUAACCCGCCUCCUGAAAUAAUUUGGCUGCACAAUGGGAAAGAAAUCCAGGAAACGGAGGAUUUUCACUUUGAGAAGAAGGGGAAUGAAUAUAGCCUGUAUAUCCAGGAGGUAUUCCCUGAGGAUACUGGAAAGUACACCUGUGAGGCUUGGAAUGACUUAGGAGAAAUUCAGACUGAAGCAACACUAACUGUACAAGAGCCUCAGGAUGGCAUUCAGCCAUGGUUCAUUAGCAAGCCAAGAUCAGUGAUAGCAGAAGCUGGGCAGAAUGUCCUUAUUUCCUGUGCCAUUGCUGGAGAUCCUUUCCCCAUGGUUCAUUGGUUCAAAGAUGGGCAGGAAGUGAUGCCAGGAGCAGGAUGUGAAUUCCUACAAAAUGAAGACAUCUUCACAUUGAUUAUAAGAAAUGUACAGCCUUCUCAUAUUGGGCAGUAUGAAAUACAACUCAGGAACCAAGUUGGAGAAUGCAGCUGUCAGGUGUCUUUGAUGCUGAGAGAAACUUCCACAGGAGAAAUACACAGAGAUGGGAGGCAGACGGAACAGAGAGAUGCUGAUAAUCAUGAUGCACUGACAUUUGGAAGCAUUGGAGACUUCAGAAAGAGUACUGGUGAAGUCCAGCAAGUUGAGGAAGAGCAGGAGGACGUUCGGGGGGUGCUCAAGAGGCGAGUAGAAACCCGGGAGAGUACAGAGGAGAAGCUUAGGCAGCAGGAGGCUGAACAGAUUGACUUCCGCGACAUUUUGGCAAAGAAAGUCAACACCAAAAGUUUUUCUGAGGAGGAGCUGAAAGAAAUUCCAGCCGAACAGAUGGACUUCCGUGCUAACCUGCAGCGGCAGGUCAAGCCCAAGACCUUGUCGGAGGAGGAAAGGAAAGUCCAUGCUCCUCAACAGGUAGACUUCCGUGCGGUGUUGGCUAAAAAGGGCGCCCCCAAACCUUCAUUUCCAGAGAAGACACCUGCCCCAAAGCCAGCUACCCCAGAUUUUAGAUCUGUGCUUGGCGCUAAGAAAAAAGCACCAACUGAGAAUGGUGACCCAGGUGCUCAAGCCCAAAAUGCUGACGCUAUCCCGGAGGUGCAGAAACCCAACACCCACCCCAAAGUGGCCGAUGCAGGUGCCAACUCCAAAAACCCACCAGUAUCCAAGGCACUGGAUACCCAGAAUGCCAGCUCUAAAAUACCAUAUACUAGCACUGUUUCUGAAGCCAAGGAUGCUAGCCCCGCAUCUAAAAUGCAGAAUGCUAGCAUUAACUCUGAAGCCCAGCUUGCCAGAACCAACUCUGAUUUGCCACAUACCAAACUGAAGGAGAAAGAGGAUAAGAAUGACAACAACUGCAAAGGUGGUUGCCCACCGGUAGUCGAUAGAGGAAUAAUUGAAGAGAAAGUAGAGGAUAACAAAAAAGAGCAGCCGAAGGGAACAGCACCAUCAUUUACCGAAAAGCUACAGGAGACUCAAGUUGUAGAAGGUGACAAAUUAGUCUUGCAGUGUCAGGUUUCCUCAGAUCCACCUGCUGCUGUCACUUGGACUCUGGAUGGGAAAGUCAUCAAAUCGUCGAAGUUCAUUGUCCUCUCUCAAGAAGGAUCACUGUGCUCACUAACCAUUGACAAGGCCUUCCCUGAAGAUGAGGGCCAGUACAAAUGUAUAGCUGAGAAUACAGCAGGAAAAUCAGAGUGUGCUUGCAACGUUUCGGUGGAAGAAUCUUCAAAGCUAACUGAAAAGAAGAGCAAAAAGCCAAAGAGUUCACUCUCUCCUAUGCUUGCAACAGAGAGUGAGGCAACAGUGAAGAAAAAACCAGCUCCCAAGACUUCACCCAAAGCAGCUCUUCCCCCCCAGAUUGUUCAGUUCCCAGAAGACCAAAAAGUUCGGGCUGGUGAAUCGGUGGAGCUGUUGUGCAAAGUUGCAGGAACUCUGCCCUUAACCUGUACCUGGAUGAAAUUUCGGAAGCAGAUCCAAGAGAGUGAACACAUCAAAAUUGAGAAUGCUGAGAACAGCAGUAAGCUAACUAUCUCCUCCACUAAGCAGGAACAUUGUGGAUGUUAUACUUUAGUAGUAGAAAACAAACUGGGCAGCAGACAAGCCCAAGUUAACCUCACCAUUGUAGAUAAACCUGAUCCUCCAGCAGGAACACCUUGUGCUUCAGACAUAAGGAGUUCUUCCCUCACCCUCUCAUGGUAUGGUUCUUCAUACGAUGGUGGAAGCGCAGUGCAGUCCUACACUGUGGAAAUCUGGAAUACAGUGGAGAAGAAAUGGACAGAUCUCACUACAUGCCGCAGCACUUCUUACAACGUCCAGGACCUGCUGGCUGACAGGGAGUACAAAUUCAGGGUGCGAGCUGCUAACGUGUAUGGGAUAAGUGAGCCAAGUCAUGAAUCUGAGCUAGUAAAAGUGGGAGACAAGCAAGAAGGUCCCAAAGAAGAAGAAGAAGCUGAAGGAUCUGAUGAUGAAGAGAAGGAAACAGAAUUUGACUAUCGGACAGUGACUAUCAAUACAGAACAAAAAGUUUCAGACUCCUACAAUGUUGAAGAAAGACUGGGAUCGGGAAAAUUUGGACAAGUCUUCAGACUUGUUGAGAAGAAAACUGGAAAAGUUUGGGCAGGAAAGUUUUUUAAAGCAUAUUCAGCUAAGGAUAAAGAAAACAUAAGGCAAGAAAUCAGCAUUAUGAACUGUUUGCACCAUCCAAAACUCGUUCAAUGUGUAGAUGCCUUCGAAGAGAAAGCAAACAUUGUCAUGGUCUUGGAACUUGUUUCUGGAGGCGAGCUCUUUGAGAGAAUCAUUGAUGAGGACUUUGAACUAACAGAGAGAGAGUGCAUUAAAUACAUGAAACAGAUCUCAGAAGGAGUACAGUAUAUUCAUAAGCAGGGCAUUGUUCAUUUGGAUUUGAAGCCCGAAAAUAUUAUGUGUGUCAACAAGACUGGUACAAGAAUCAAGCUGAUUGACUUUGGGCUUGCGCGAAGGCUAGAAAGUGCAGGUUCUCUUAAAGUCCUCUUUGGGACACCAGAGUUUGUGGCUCCAGAAGUGAUAAACUAUGAGCCUAUUGGGUAUGCUACAGACAUGUGGAGCAUAGGAGUCAUCUGCUACAUCUUGGUCAGUGGACUUUCCCCUUUCAUGGGAGACAAUGACAAUGAAACUUUAGCCAAUGUUACCUCAGCCACCUGGGAUUUUGAUGACGAAGCUUUUGAUGAGAUCUCAGAUGAUGCCAAGGACUUUAUCAGCAGCCUUCUAAAGAAAGAUAUGAAGGACCGGUUAGAUUGCUCCCAAUGUCUUCAGCAUCCUUGGCUGCAAAAAGACACCAAAACCAUGGAAGCCAAAAAACUAUCGAAAGAUAGAAUGAAAAAGUACAUGGCUAGAAGGAAAUGGCAGAAAACAGGGAAUGCAGUUCGUGCAAUAGGAAGACUAUCCUCAAUGGCAAUGAUAUCUGGCCUGAGUGGGAGGAAGUCAUCUUCAAGCUCACCAACCAGUCCUGUUAAUGCAGAAAAGACAGAAGCUGAAGAUGAAGCUGCUAGUGUUCUCCUGGAAGCAGUUGAUGAAGAAAGGUCCCAUGUGAAGCCAUAUUUCUCUAAAACAAUUCAAGAUAUAGAAGUUGUGGAAGGCAGUGCUGCUAGGUUUGACUGCAAAAUUGAAGGUUACCCUGAUCCAGAGGUGAUUUGGUACAAAGAUGACCAAUCUAUCAAGGAGUCCAGGCACUUCCAGAUAGACUAUGAUGAGGAUGGCAAUUGCUCUUUGACUAUUUCUGAAGUCUGUGGGGACGAUGAUGCCAAAUACACCUGCAAGGCAGUUAACAGUCUUGGAGAAAUAACUUGUACUGCAGAACUCAUUGUGGAAACAAUGGGAAAAGAAGGGGAAGAAGAGGAGGAGGAGGAAGAAGAAGAAUAAAAUCAGAAUGGGGUAGAGAUAUGGAAAAUUACCCAGUAAAAGACUGUUUUUAAGGCUUACACAGUGUAACAUUAGGUUGUUUUUUCCUGUUUCUUCAGCACAGUCAGCGGAUAACCUGUUUGUUUUAUUUAUGGGCAUUAACUUGAAUUCGCAAGCUUCAAUUUAGUUUAUAAGGCAUCAGUUGCAUUGCCCAAACAAUCAAUGUGAAAAACACACCAUAUGAAAAGCUAAUCUGCAAUUUUAUCCAGAGUCCGCAAUUUAUUUGUUGAACAUGCUGAUCAGGAGAGGGGGACUGAACAAUUGCACUAAUUGUUCCAACAACCAAUACAACAGCUAUGGAGAACUUGGAAUACUUCAGAGCCAAUCCUCCCAAUCAUGUCUGCACGUAAGUCUCCUAGCAUCAGUGGGUCUUAUAUGAAUGUAUUUUGAGAACACUGAGCACAAUCUAGCAGAAGGCUUAUCUGCAAAGGGCCACAAAAAGAAUGAGAGCUGCACAGAAGAACUUGUCAAGCAUAUACGCAACACAGUUAUUUGCCAUCAUCCCAUAGCAUGUUUGAAGCAUAUUUAUAAGACUCCCCCGCAGCAGCAUUUCAGUUUCUGUAUCUUCAUUAGUUCUUCCUCUGAACGUUAUCAUUUGUAACUGUAAUUCAGAAUAACUAAAAUUAUGCAAAAUAAUUAUCAUUGGAAUAAAGAGAAUGAAUUAAGCUUAAAUCUAAGCAUUUCAGCUUAAAUGUAGUGUAGUUUUCCUCCUCUGAACAGUAAAUGCACAUUUUUCCAUUAAUUUGCUGUUGCCAGUUGAGCAGUAGAUCUUCUCCUCAGUUACUCUUUCUCCAGACGUGCCAGUUGUUACCAUCAUAUUAGUAAGAGCAAGGAAAGGCUGGCUUAUGGUGAUCUCCAACCAUAACAGCUGGUACACUCAAGAUUUGGUACUCAACCACAAACUAUCCAAAAUGUUGUGUAAACAUUGGUGUGACAGCUUCUCUUGACUGCCUUACCUGUAGGUUAUAUAGUAAUUGACUGGCUUUCUCCCCACAGCUGCCAAACAGAAAUGGUAACCAAAAGCAGUCCUAUGUUACCUUACCUGAUGACAGAUUACUGUGUGGGCAACCAAGAUAAAUACAGAACUUUGCUUAUUGAAUUGAAAAGGCAUAUAGUAUGUGCUGCUGCAAAGCAAUAUAUUGUGUAAAGUCAGUGAUUGUGUACCUGUGUGGUGCAACUCUGGUUUGAAACCAACUUCUAAAGCCAUGUUUUAGCAGUAUCUGGGAGGCUAAUGACUUAAAAUUGAAAAUCAGCACAAUCAAUAAUAAAAUGUGAUUCUUCCUCAAACUGAUUAACACAUUUAGAUUUACUGACAUUGCUUUUCUUUCACAGUUAGUUGCAAUCCAGAGGCCAUGAAAAGUUACAUUUAAUCAAUAUGGCCACUGUAAGCACAUCAUUCCAGUUGUGUUGCUUUUCCCUCCCUCACUGUAUUUGUAAGAUGCAAACAUUUUAAGUGUAACAGUGACUUCUUUUUUUCUAUAAAAAAAAAGUAUACACUGAAGAUUACUUUAGUUUAUUAAGGCAGAGGGGAGAAAUUAAGUGUACUUUAAUACAGAUGUAUUCGGUAUCAUCUUUUGAUUGUUUGAUAUUGCCUAAUGUUAUGUGUUCUAUAUUAUUUGCUCAUCUGCCUGUUGGAAUGCAACAUUCUAUAUAUGAGGCUCACUCACUAUUGCUGUGGGUUUUUAUAACUGCUUUUGCUGUUUCUUGCUAGGAGGAGGUUACCAGAGUGUCUUCUUUUUGAAUGGAUAAAGAACUUUUGUUAUAGUAAACACAAUAAUUGCCAGUUUGCCACACAUUCUUAUAAGGUUUUUAGUAUUAUUUAGUGCAUACAGAGCAUUUUGUCACAUUUUCAAUGUGUUAAGAAAACAAUGGGGUGUAUUUUUUUGUAUACCAUAAUUAAAAAUAUGCCAAUGAUUUCUUAAACCAAAAGAGUUGCAAGAUAUGAGAACACUACAGCUGUAGUUACUCACAAUUUCUCAAUAAAGAAAUACCACAAAGCAU